AUGAAUCCCCAGCAGCAGCGCAUGGCUGCUAUAGGGACCGACAAGGAGCUGAGCGACCUGCUGGACUUCAGUGCGAUGUUUUCCCCACCUGUUAAUAGUGGGAAAACCAGACCAACGACACUGGGAAGCAGUCAGUUCAGCGGAUCAGGUAUGGAUGAACGAGGAGGUACAACAUCCUGGGGAACAAGUGGUCAACCAAGCCCCUCUUAUGACUCAUCUAGAGGUUUUACAGACAGCCCUCAUUACAGUGAUCACUUGAAUGACAGUCGAUUAGGGGCCCAUGAAGGCUUGUCCCCAACACCUUUCAUGAACUCAAAUCUAAUGGGAAAAACGUCAGAGAGAGGCUCAUUUUCCCUGUACAGCAGAGAUACUGGAUUACCAGGCUGUCAAUCUAGUCUCCUGAGACAAGAUCUAGGGCUUGGAAGCCCAGCACAAAUCUCUUCUUCAGGAAAACCUGGGACACCGUACUACUCAUUCUCUGCCACAAGUUCCAGGAGAAGACCACUCCAUGACUCUGCAGCACUUGAUCCUUUGCAAGCAAAGAAAGUCAGAAAGGUGCCUCCUGGCUUGCCUUCUUCUGUAUAUGCACCAUCCCCAAAUUCAGAUGACUUCAACCGUGAAUCUCCUAGUUAUCCAUCUCCCAAGCCACCAACCAGUAUGUUUGCUAGCACUUUCUUUAUGCAAGAUGGGACCCACAAUUCUUCUGACCUUUGGAGUUCAUCAAAUGGGAUGAGCCAGCCUGGUUUUGGUGGAAUUCUGGGGACCUCCACUUCCCACAUGUCUCAAUCCAGUAGUUAUGGCAGCCUUCAUUCACAUGACCGCUUGAGUUAUCCUCCACACUCAGUUUCACCAACAGACAUAAACACAAGUCUUCCACCAAUGUCCAGCUUCCACCGUGCCAGUACCAGCAGUUCACCUUAUGUUGCUGCCUCACACACCCCUCCCAUCAAUGGAUCAGAUAGCAUCCUAGGAACCAGAGGAAAUGCUGCUGGAAGCUCACAGACAGGUGAUGCACUUGGAAAAGCUUUGGCAUCUAUUUAUUCUCCUGACCAUACCAGCAGUAGUUUUCCAUCAAAUCCGUCAACACCAGUUGGAUCACCCUCACCUCUCACAGGUACCAGUCAGUGGCCCAGACCUGGAGGGCAAGCGCCUUCAUCCCCAAGCUAUGAAAACUCACUCCACUCCCUGAAAAAUCGAGUUGAGCAGCAACUUCACGAGCAUUUGCAAGAUGCAAUGUCCUUCUUAAAGGAUGUCUGUGAGCAAUCUCGAAUGGAGGAUCGUUUGGACAGACUGGAUGAUGCUAUCCAUGUGCUGCGGAACCAUGCCGUGGGACCUUCCACCAGUUUGCCUGCUGGUCACAGUGAUAUACACAGUUUAUUGGGACCAUCCCAUAAUGCACCAAUUGGAAGCCUCAAUUCAAACUAUGGUGGAUCAAGCCUUGUUACAAGCAGUCGACCUGCUUCAAUGGUCGGAACUCAUCGAGAAGACUCUGUCAGUCUCAAUGGCAAUCAUUCAGUCCUGUCUAGUACGGUCACUGCUUCAAGCACAGACUUGAACCAUAAAACACAAGAAAAUUAUAGAGGUGGCUUGCAAAGUCAGUCUGGAACUGUUGUUCCAACAGAAAUCAAGACUGAAAACAAAGAGAAAGAUGAAAACCUUCAUGAACCUCCUUCAUCAGAUGACAUGAAAUCAGAUGAUGAAUCCUCCCAAAAAGAUAUCAAAGUUUCAUCUAGAGGCAGAACAAGCAGUACUAAUGAAGAUGAGGAUUUGAACCCAGAACAGAAGAUAGAAAGGGAGAAGGAAAGGCGGAUGGCCAACAAUGCCAGAGAACGCUUGCGUGUGCGGGAUAUUAAUGAGGCAUUCAAAGAGCUUGGUCGAAUGUGUCAGCUUCAUUUAAAGAGUGAAAAACCCCAGACAAAACUCCUUAUUCUUCAUCAGGCCGUGGCAGUCAUCCUUACCCUUGAAGUACCUGUAAAGCAGAGGAACCUUAACCCCAAAGCAGCCUGCCUUAAGAGAAGGGAAGAAGAAAAAGUUUCUGCCGUAUCGGCAGAGCCACCAACCACACUGCCAGGAACCCAUCCUGGGCUUAGUGAAACUACCAACCCUAUGGGUCAUAUGUAA